AGCUGAACUUCUAGCAAAGGUAUUCUACCUGCUUUAAUUUCUCUUUCUCCUGUUGAUAUCUAGGAGGCUCUCUCAGUGGUGAGUGAAGAUCAGUCACUCUUUGAUUCUACCUACGGAGCUGGUGCUCACCUUUCCAAAGCAGACAUGACAGCCUCAGGGAACCCAGAUUAUGGUCAACCACACAAGAUCAACCCUUUACCUCCCCAGCAAGAGUGGAUCAAUCAGCCAGUCCGCGUCAAUGUUAAGAGGGAAUAUGAUCAUGUGAAUGGAUCAAGGGAAUCUCCGGUGGAUUGCAGUGUUAGCAAAUGCAACAAACUGGUUGGUGCGGGUCCAGAAUCCAACCCUUUGAAUUAUGGCACCUACAUAGAUGAGAAGAAUGGACCUCCUCCUCCCAACAUGACCACAAAUGAAAGGAGAGUCAUUGUUCCAGCAGAUCCCACAUUAUGGAGCCAGGAUCACGUACGCCAGUGGCUAGACUGGGCUAUUAAAGAAUACGGCUUAAUGGAGAUCGAUAGCAACCUCUUCCAGAACAUGGAUGGCAAAGAACUGUGCAAGAUGAAUAAGGAGGAUUUCCUCCGUGUCACUUCCCUCUACAACACAGAAGUACUGCUGUCUCAUCUCAGUUACCUCAGGGAAAGCAGUUCCUUGCUGUCUUACAAUACACCAACCCACACAGAACCAUCACCUCGCAUCAGUACCAAAGAAGACAACUCCUAUGAUGCUGUUCGAAGAUCAGGAUGGGGUAAUAAUAUGAAUUCCAGCCACAACAAAAGCCCUCCUCUAGGAGGGACACAAAAUGUAAGCAAAAACGUAGAACAACAGCGGCCCCAGCCAGAUCCAUAUCAGAUCUUAGGACCCACCAGUAGCCGUUUAGCCAAUCCAGGGAGUGGACAAAUCCAACUGUGGCAGUUCCUGCUUGAAUUGCUGUCAGACAGUUCCAAUGCUAGCUGCAUUACGUGGGAAGGCACCAAUGGGGAAUUCAAGAUGACAGACCCUGACGAGGUGGCCAGGCGCUGGGGAGAACGCAAGAGCAAACCCAACAUGAAUUAUGACAAGCUGAGUCGAGCUCUCCGAUAUUACUAUGACAAGAACAUUAUGACCAAGGUGCACGGCAAGAGGUAUGCUUACAAAUUUGACUUUCACGGCAUCGCUCAAGCACUUCAGCCCCAUCCAACAGAAUCAUCAAUGUACAAAUACCCUUCAGAUCUCUCCUACAUGCCUUCAUACCAUGCGCACCAGCAGAAAAUGAACUUCGUCCCUCCCCACCCUUCCUCUAUGCCCGUCACCUCCUCUAGUUUCUUUGGUGCGGCAUCGCCAUACUGGACUUCCCCUACCGGAAGUAUUUAUCCAAAUCCCAACGUACCACGCCAUGCCAAUUCUCACAUGCCAUCACACCUAGGCAGCUACUACUAAAUGCUUUUCAUCUUUGGUGAGCUUUCUCAUUUUGAUUGGAUGUUUUCUUCCCUUCUUGGAAAUCUCUGGACUUUUUGAUACAGUUGGGGGGAAAGCGGAAAAACUGGAUAUUAAUAUUGUUAUUUUUAUUAUAAUUUUUAUUGGAAUAAACAUUUUAUUUUUGUAAGUCUGCUUCUUCUGUCUCAGAGGAGCAGAUGGAUUCUCCAGUGGGCCAGUAUCAUACUUUUGUUUUGGUUGAAAGCCUUUUCUCAUUUAUAGGACCAGUUUUACGGUUGCGCAGUGGUUAUCACUCAAAAUCUUAGACAAAGCAUUGCCAAGUCCUAAGCUUUUUUUAAAAAGAGAGAUCUAAGUCUUAGAACAUGAAUGUUUGUUCCAAACGAAUGGGAAAUCAAGGUGGGUUUUUUUUUUCCAGUUUUGAGAUGUGCUGAAGAAAAAUUCACAUACUUUGAGGACCUGGUUUGCAGACACCAACUGGAAUUUUAGCUUUAAGGCCAAUGAAGGCUUGGUGGUGGUGGUGGUGUUUUUUUUACUCAA